UUGUCCUCGGAGUCGGAGUCUCGGUCGAGUCACGAGUGCACCCGUCAGUGCGACGCGGAACGCGUUCUUGUUUGUAUCCCGUUUGCUCGCCGGUGAGCUGUGUUCGCGCGUGCUGUAUUCCCCUUCGGCUUCUCUGUCAGACUUUCUCUGCCCGACCGCGAAUUUCUUUGUCCACAUAAUCAGGAGCGAGGGCACGUUACACGGUGGUGACUGGUGACACGUGUGAUAACUGGAUAGAGGAUGUCCCGUUGUAGUGCGACAGGAUGCGAUGGUACAAUGACCGUAAAUGAGUAAUCGACGGCCCUGCGAGAACCGGUCGGAAGGACGAGGAUCAAGGCGGAAAGGACGCAGGACUCCAGCCGCCGUGCAUAGACGUGGGAUCGAUCGGGCGUAAGGACGAAGAGGAGACGGCAAUCGACGAAGCCAAGAGCUGAGUGGAAAAAGGCUGAGAGAGGAGGGUCGAAAGGUUUAGCUACCCGCGGAGGAGAAAGAGGACGUGGCGGAAGCGCGUUCGGUGGAAGAAGAAGAGGAACACGAAGAGCGAGAUAGAGGACGAGAAAAGAAGAGAGAUGAGCCUGGCGGGUGACUCGCAAAGUGUGGUGGUCGGCUGUUCGACGAAAGGCAGAUAGCGCCAUUAGUUGUUGCUGGGCCGGAGAACGUCGAGCCGAUGCGCGCUACGGCCCUGGUCCUCGGCGAAGGAGGGGAAGAGGAGGAGGAGGAGGAGGAGGAAGAGGACGACGACAGAGGUGGCCGGAACGGGGCCCAGAGGGUCGCGAUGUACCCCUUCAGCUCCGGACCACGAAUCGAGACACCGGCGAUUUUCUUCUUGGUGCUCGGUUGCCUUUCAAUCAUCGCGGUUGCCUCGCCUCUUCAUCCGGUGCCACCGCACAGAGGUAUCACGCGCGGCAGUUACAUCGGUUAUUACGAGGUGGCCUCUUAUGAUACUGCGGCCUUGAGACAACAUCGUAACCGGAUGCGUCGCGACGUCCCCGACGUGGCCGACAAUCAACCUCUGCUGGUGCAACUGCGGACGCUCGACAAACGAUGGACGCUGCGGUUAAUUCGAGAUAAAGGCUUGUUCAGUAAGGAUGCAACGUUCGAGAGCACCGCUGGUCCGAUCUACUUCGAUACGUCCCACUCUUAUAUGGGCACCGUAUUGGAGGACGAGAAUGCCUUGGUUCAAGGGGUCGUAACGGAGGACGGCCUGUUCGACGGGACUGUCGUCACCGGUUUCGAGGAAUACUACAUCGAACCGACUAGCAGAUACUUGAACAAAGAAGAGGACACCUCUCCUCCGUAUCACAGCAUAGCUUACAGGGCCUCGGACGUGUUAACGCCACGGAGGACGUUUCCUUGCGCCAGUCAUCAUUUGCAUCAGGUUGCUUCUCACGGUUCCGCGGAAAAGAACAGCCACAGCAACGACUCGCGGUCUCUUUACGAACCGUUGCUCGGAGAGAGGCAGGCUCUAUAUUCGAAGGAAAACUCCGCCGCGCGGAUUUUAACGUCGGAGAGAGAGAAGACCGCGGCACGUAUGGAAACAACGAGCGACGGAGAUCGUAUCGCCAGACAUUUGCACAAACGUGCUACCGUCGACCCACGGAAAACUACCUGCAUGCUCUACCUACAAGCGGAUCAUCAGUUUUUCGCGAGAUACGGCACGGAGGAGGCUUGCAUCGAAGUGAUGACUAGACACGUGCAAAGGGUCAACUCCAUUUACAAACAUACCGAUUUCAACCAGGACGGACGACCAGACAACAUCAGCUUCAUGAUAAAACGCGUAAAGGUACACAGCGAGAACGCAUUGAAAGAUCCGAAUUAUCGAUUCCCAGGCAACUACGGAGUGGAAAAAUAUCUGGAGCUGUUCUCCGAAGAGGAUUACGACGCGUUCUGCUUAGCUUAUAUGUUCACGUACCGGGACUUCGAGAUGGGAACGCUGGGCCUCGCUUGGACAGGUGACCUGAAAAACGCCGGCGGUGUUUGCGAAAAGAACGGGCACUAUCGCGGGAGCAUGAAGUCGCUGAACACCGGAAUAGUGACUUUACUGAAUUACGGCAAGCACGUACCACCCGCAGUUUCUCACGUCACCUUGGCCCACGAGAUCGGCCACAACUUCGGCUCGCCGCACGAUCCGGAACAAUGCACACCCGGCGGGGAGGAUGGAAACUUCAUUAUGUUCGCUCGUGCUACCAGCGGCGACAAGCGUAACAAUAAUCGUUUCAGCCCGUGUAGCUUGAGUGCCAUAAACCCAGUUCUGAAUAGCAAAGCUCGUUCUCCGAAGGGUUGCUUCACCGAGCCGCAAAUCUCCUUGUGCGGGAAUGGAGUCGUCGAAGAGGGCGAAGAGUGCGAUUGCGGAUGGGAAGAAGAUUGCAGGGAUUCGUGUUGCUUUCCCCAGCGUCGUUAUCCACCGGCGGGUGAGACACCUUGCACACUGACACCGGAAUCCAUCUGCAGUCCUAGUCAAGGUCCUUGCUGUACCGGCGAGUGCAAAUUGAAGUUCGGAGACAAGUGCAGGGACGAUAACGGAUGUCGCGACGCUAGUUUCUGCGACGGUAGAACGCCUUAUUGUCCUCCCUCCAUCAACAAACCGAACAAAACAAUCUGCAAUCGAGAGUUCGUGUGUUUUAUGGGGGAAUGUACGGGCAGUAUAUGCCUUGCAUACGGUUUGGAAUCUUGCCAGUGUAUCCCAGGGCCAAAUGAUCCGUCGACGAAGGCUUGCGAGCUCUGUUGCCGUCUUCCCGGAGAGAAUCAACCUUGCUUGUCAUCCUUCGAUUGGAACUCCCCGCCCUACGACAUACCGGACAUGUUCUCGAAGCCGGGAACUCCGUGCAACGACUACAAUGGGUACUGCGAUGUCUUCCAAAAAUGUCGAGAGGUCGAUCCAAGCGGUCCUUUGGCAACCUUAAGAAAGCUUCUCUUAUCCGACGAGAGCCUAGCUACUUUCCGUCGUUGGAUCAUUGAUCAUUGGUACGCAGCCGCUCUGAUCAUUUUGGCUGCUGUAUCUUUACUGGUGGCGAGCAUGCGGUUGCUGGGCAAACAGCCGGAUCUGAAGCUGAAGUCGGUCACAAUAAUACACAGCUCGACAACGGAAACGGUGCGUCUUCCGCCGGAGGGAAUGGAGGGGGUCACGGUUCAUCCGCCGGCUGUACGUGCGAAGCUGCCGCUCAGUAGAAAGGUCAGAGAAAAGAGACGGCACCGGAAGCAUAAGGAUACGCACGGCAACGACAAAUCCGUCAAGGACGCGUCGAAGAAGAAGAAGCAGCAGCCGCAGUCGCAAUCGAAACGGACAUCCGCGAACGUCGCUGAGGAAUUCGCUAGGAAGAGGUCGGCAGACGCGACGGCAGUGGUUCAAGAUAACAAACGGAAGAAAACUUUUUCAAAUAAGCAAAACUCGAACGCGAACGCGGUCAGUAGUAACGCGGACGAGAAGAGGAAGCGCAAGAAGCAACACAAGAAAGAAGUGAUAGACUACUCCGCGAUUCAAGCCGAGAAAGAAUCGGAACCUAACGCUGACCCUAAGAGCAAAGUUCGUUCCUGGCUAUUAGCAUCUUCUCAGUGUCGACCGGAAACAGAAAGAACGAACGCGACUGGUUUACCGAAGAGCAAAUCUACUCCCGUGGGUCUGACCAGCGCUGGAGCCAGGCUGCCUACGACCAGGCUUCAAGCAACUUCCAGGACCAGAGCGACGGAGGCUAGGGAGAUCCAGAAGCUACCGGUUAAUUCUCAAGGGAUAAGGAAGGAGAGAGCGAAGUUACAAGUGGUGUACAAACCGCCAUUCAGAUUUAGUGUGAAAUUACGGAAAUCGGAUAAGGUCGCGCAGGUUCCCGCGUUGCCGAACACGACGCAUGCCAAUGGCAGGCCUAAACUACCGAGGACUGGUGUUCUUUUGAGGACUGCAAAGAAGAAGGACAGAGUCAGAAUUGGCAGGGCCAGGCAAAUAGCGCCUACGGGAAUCGGUAACAGUGCGAGUGAUAUACCUGAACCGGCCAAUUCUGAUCUCCAUACCGUUCCUUCCGACCUAGAGGUGUUAUUGUCCGAGAGCGAAUUUCUCUUCUCGGACACGUGACGGUGAACGAGGGACAUAGCGAAUUCGCUUAGAAGAAAUCGUUGUAGAAUUUAAUUUGUAUCGAUGGAAUCCCGUCCGACGAGGUCGCGAAGAAAACUCGUUUAUAUGCCAUCCCGUGGUCACAGCCUCGGUUACAGUAACAAGCAGAAUCAUUCACUGGGGUGAAGACAUUACGCUGAGUGAAGAAUCAAAAAACAGCGAUCGUUGUUGGUGAAGUGGGAAACUAUAGUCAAAUGACUGCUGAACGUGUUCUCGUGAACGCAACCCCGAGUGAGCUUCUUCCGUUCUACAGUGCUGGAGUUUAUUUUUUUACGGGUACCGUGUAACCGAGAGAAGUACACGCAUACAUACACAUACGGCAUACGCUUUCGCUCUUCUUCAUGUCUUCCUAGUAAUUAAGGCGACAAUCUUGUGUCGUGCGUUCAGGAUAAUUGAUGCCGUGAAUCGCAUAAUAAUCGAUCAUUGAAAACGACGGAAGUGCUAGCAGUCGAACGACCCAAGCCAAGUUUUUCUUCUUCCAAAGAAAAGGGGCCAAAUUCAAUUAAAGGAAAGAAAGACUAAAGCGCGCAUCGAUGUACGCGCCUACGUGGUGAUGAUUUGCUUCGUUUUCUCUUCGAAAGCACUUGAUUACGAUUCAUUUGCGAUCGCAGCUUUACACAGUUCAGGGAUCAGCGUUCGAUCGAUGCGAGAGGCGAGUUUUUAGCGUGAUGUGUUAUCGUAUUUUCGAGACGAUAAGAAAUUGAGAGAGAAAGAGAGCGAGCGAGCGAAUGAGAGAGAUACUUAAAACUGUUACUAUGUCGUGCCUAUCGUACACCGCUGUUCUAAAACCUGGGAAGAAAGGGGAUCUCGCGGUCGCAAAAAGAGAGAAUUCUUUUUCAUUUACCUGGCAACGAUGAUCGUGAGACAAACGGGAAAUCGGCAAGCAGUGCAAAUCUUGGUGGCUUGAUCACUCAGAGAACCGCACGACACUUCCUCUGGGAAAAAGGCGCGAACAUUGUUAGAUGACAACGCUAUCUUGCUGUUUUCAGUUUGUUUCAACGAUCGUUUGUCCGUUUCGUUUGCCUCCACCUGCUGUUCAUCUAACGUACUUUUCUGAUGGUUCCUAUUCGCCGGCAAUUCCUACGUAACCGCGGUGUACACCUUGCCGGGUCAUUUGCAUUUUCCAAUGCGUAAGUGAUGAUAAAACUCGUUGGACUAUUUAUAUUUUUGAGACUGUAUAAAAAAAGAGCAAGGAUACGAGAAUUACGCGUUCUUUCGCUAAGUUUUCACGAUGAUCAUCCUUACAUUGAUACCCUACGGUGCUGUUAGUCAAUAUCGAGACGAUUCCGUGCCCAUAAAACAUUCCCGAAUCGCUUUGUAAGUCUUGUUGCGUCCGACUCGAGUCUUAAGUUCCUUCGGAUCAUUCCAUUCCGUAAAGGUAUUGUUGUUUUUUAAAUACUCUAGCUUUCUUCGAAUACUCUUGUUAUCUUGGUCCAUCCCCUGAAAAAUCCCAUUGAAUCACAAGUAUUACACGGGAUGAAAGGAACUGUUGAUACUUGCGAGGAGAGAAUAGAAUGUGUUUCGUAUUGCGGUCCCGUUCUCCAUCGGGACGUUAAUAUUAACUGAUGGAGGUGGGUAAAUCUAUUUUCUCGUUGUUCAUUAAGAAUUAUGCGAUGAAUACUGCCAUAAGUUAGAAUAUGGAAGGAACACGCUUCAUUUGCCCGCCUCCGAUUAAACAAAUAGAGUAUUUUGCCUGUUGCUGCGAAUACAUGAACAAAAAAUCCGCUUAUGUGUAUACAUACGUACGUACGUGUACUUAAAUCAUAAGAACAUGUGAUUUUACUUUUACAUAUACACGUUUAGCAGUCGCGCGCGGACGGUUGCUACGAUUUGCGAGCGAUUAAUAUAUUUAAUUGACCCAUUGGCCUAAUGUACUAUCUAAGCGAUUAUUAGUUCGCGGAGACCAUUUUAUUGGAUAGGAAAUACUAUUUAUUGAGCAAACUGGAAGAAUAGUGCGACUGCAGCUCUUUCGAACUUGUUACGCUUUUCUUAUCUAUUUUCAUUAGUUUCUCGUCGGAAAGAGAUUAAAAAGCCACGUAGAGUCGUGUUAGUUGAACGAAAUAGCAAGUCAAUGUAGGCAAAUGGGUUGUCUAAGGAAAUGUGAUUUUACUUUUAAGACCAAUCUGUAUUAAAACUCGUGGAAUUUACCGGUUCUGAGCCAGUGGCCAAGUCGCCUAAAUAAUUCGUUUGUUAUUUUAUCAUAACAUUUUACAGGCUCGUUACACAUGAUCAGGUUCACUGAUAAAGGAGCCAUAGGUCAGAGCCGUUCAUCGAUAAAUGAUUCGAUGAGUGAGGGUAUACAUUUCAAGUAGCACGUAAGGUAUAAAAAUAGUAGAGAAAUUAUAUCAGCAUAUCCAAUUUAAAAAUGUUCACGAUCACUCGUGAGAUCGCGAGUAUGUGUACGUGUAAAAGAAUUUCUCACACGAUCUCAGGAAUACGUUUGACGAGUUCAUUUCACGAAUUAUUAUAUGCCGUUUUAACAAUAGACGUUCGUUUACUCGUUGACAUUUAUAAAGACCGAUCGAUCGGUCGGAAUUAAUUCUUAAGCGACUAUGGCGACUAGCCAGUCACCCGGAAAACUAACGUUUUUACUCAUAGUCAUUCCUAACGCUCGGGUGCUUCUUAUUUUGCUACUUAAACCCCUCCUUCCGUUAUGAAAUUGUUUAAAAAAAAAGGAAAUGGCACGAAUUAAAAAUAUCAAAUUGGAAGCGAAUCGCGAACGGGAAGGAGGUGAAGAGUAGAAGAGAUCGCUCGAGAGAUUGCCUCGACUGCCAAGAAAAAUCUGAUCGGCAGUACUCGUUAGUUUAGAGCUGUUCCCGUCCGAUUUUUCGAUACCGGACACCGGCGAGGCGAGACUGUUAAUUUACCAAGUACAUUAAUAUCCGAUAUAAGAUGGGGCUGCUGUAUUUUUACACGGACUUUGUAUAAACGACGAAGAGCCACAAGGGCGACGUUUCGCCGCAUCGUUGUAUAUAUCUGUAUACCAAUAAACCAGACGUAGAGUUACA